GUACUCUUUGCCUAAGCUCGACUUUUGAAAAGCGCAAUUAUGAUUGUUCCUGUCUUCUCCGUUGUUCUGCUCGCCUCUGCGGGGCUUGCAUCCGCUACUUCCCCAUAUAACGUCCACGCUCGAGGUCUGGACUUAGUUCCUCGACAGAAUAACAAUGGGGGAGGCAAUCGUGGAGGGAAUAACGGGGACCCUGCGAACGUUCAGGAAGCUUCACAGGCGACUGGUCAAGAGGGUGGAGCUGAAGCUGGUCAGGCCGAUUCUGCUACAGAUGACGCCAACUUUAUCAAUUUCUGUACCGGAAAGACAUUGACAAACGGUCUGCAAGUACAGGCUGGAUCAUGUAAUGGAAUUGUCAUGGGGGAUAUCCCAUCGACAGCAAACAUGGUAUCAAGUAUCAUCAUCAACCCGCAGCCAGGCCAGGACCUCCAACCAGACACAGCUUUCACGGUGCAGGUACAAGUAGACAACCUAGCUGCUGGUUCCUUCACCAAUCCAGCAAACACAUACUACGCUGCGCCACAAACUCUCAAUGGCGGUAUAAUCGUCGGGCACACGCACGUAACCGUCCAAGAUCUCGGUGGAAGCUUAACACCCACUGCUGCGCCCAACGCCGACGACUUUAUUUUCUUCAAAGGUAUCAAUGAUGCUGGCAACGGAAACGGAUUGUUGGAGGCCGAGGUUGCGGACGGUCUGCCAGCGGGUUUCUACCGCAUAUGCACUAUGGCCAGUGCGUCCAAUCACCAGCCGGUGAUCAUGCCGAUUGCCCAGCGUGGUGCCCAGGACGAUUGCACGAAAUUUACUGUCGGCCAAGGAAAUGCGGGUGGAAAUAAUAAUGCUGGGAACAAUGCUGGCAACAAUAACAACCAGGAGGGAAUGCCAGAUAUGAACCCGCAGUACGAAUUACCGCCCGAAGUAGCGGUCGAGAUAGCGGGGUAUAUUCGGUCGGGACUGUUUGCGCCGUUGGCGACGAAUAUUGGUAGGUUGACGAGUGAGUGUGAGGAGAACUUGUGUGGGGUGAAGGAUGGGUUACAGGAUACGCAAUCACAGAUAUCGAAUAUCAUAGAGCCGACGGCGGAGCGGUUGGUUCCCAUCGCGAUGGAAUUGAAGAAUGUGUAUCGGCAGAUUGAUCUACUCGAGGUCUUAAUAUCCCGCAUUUCAACAACCAUAAAAAUCACCAGCGCAAAACUCGAUAGCACAGAAAACCUCCCCCUCUCUGGCCAUCCCUAG